AUGCUGCUACAGAGCAUUAGACACGAGGGUCUCCUCUUGGCCGCGUCACAACUCCAAUGGCCGGAGGAUGCGACAGAUGUCCAUAAGACUUGGGACCGAAUUAAAACGAAAAUCAUCUCGUUGGCCGACGCCUUUGCAUCAUUGCUUCCCCAUGGAAGACUCAAUAGGCCAUGGUGGUGGUCUCGAUGGUUAGCUAAAUUACUGAGUAGAAAGCGGGCCGCCUGGAAGAGGUUCUUAGCCACCAACGGCCACUCGAGAUACCUUCAGUACUUGAAGGAGCGCAAUACCUACGACAGGGCGCAGUCAGAUUCAAAGAAACGCUAUGAGCUCACACUGGAACAGAAGAGUAAGACGUGCCCGAAAGCAUAUUACGGUUAUGUGCAGUCGAAGGCAGCCACUGGGGAAGCUAUAGGAUGUAUCCGUGACGCCGGUGGCAACCCAACGAUCACUAGCUUGGAAAAGGCUUCCGCUCUACAACAACAUUAUGAAGAGUCGUUCACUGGAGAUCUGGACAAUGCCCUGCCGGCUCACAGUAUCACGACGGAGUACAAGGCGUGGUCACAGCCUCAAACUGAAGAAACCAAGGGCAUACAAAAUGAUAAGAGCCAGCUUCUUCUCGCUGCGUAUCAUCAACAGCUGGAACAAGCUGACAAACGAGAUAGUCAACUAUGGCAGCGUGCACGCCCUGAAGAGGAUGCUCAAUGA